AUGCAAACACCACUCAACAUUAACGUAGUCAAAUCGUUGGGUCUAGGAAAAGUCUAUAAAGGACACUCUAAAGAAAUAAAUGGAAUGGAUUUCUUUAGAGAUGGAAAAUCACUUUUAUGUUCAUCCGAUGAUGAUAAUAUUACAUGGUUUGAUUGUACAACUCUUACUCCGAAGAGUGAACCUUCUAAAACAAUACCCAGCAAAAAGUAUGGAUGUAGUCUAGUUAAAUUUACACACUCUGAAGAUGCUUGUAUUCAUGCUUCUAACAAGGAAGGAUUAAAUGAUGAUAUAAGAUAUUUAAAUAUACAUAAUGGAAAUUUUCUCAGAUACUUUAAAGGACAUACAAAGAAGGUUGUCUCCUUGUCCAUGUGUCCUAUUGAUGAUGGUUUUGCAUCAACAUCACUUGAUAAUACUUUACGAUUGUGGGAUUUGAGAAAAUCAUCGGAAACACACAAAUGUGCAUUUACAGGAAAACCUGUUACUGCCUAUGAUCCUAAAGGAUUGGUACUGGCAGUUACUACACCGCCUGGUGUUAUCAAAUUAUAUGAUGUCAGAAAUUUGGACUCGCCAUUUUCCACUUUUGCUCUCACUUUUCAAGAAACUCCAGAUUAUUCUUCCAUGCUUUUUUCACCAGAUGGAAAUUAUAUUACAGUUGUUUCAUCAGAUUCUAUAUCGCUAAUUGAUGCUUUCAAUGGAAAGGAAUUAUUCAGAAAGACCAAUGAUGAAAUUAGAAUUUCUCAAACUGGUGCUUCAUUCUCACCAAAUAGCGAAUUUUUAUUUGUUGGAACAGAAGAUGGACGACUGCUCACAAUUGAAACUAGUUCAGGAAAAUUCUGUCACUCAUUCACAAACACAGAUUUCAGACACAGCGGUGAAGUGAGUGCUUGUUUCAAUCCACAAUAUUGUAUGUUAGUGAGUGCUUGUCAAGCUGUUUGUUUCUGGGUUCCAUCCAUGUAA